GGAAACGCUUCCUGUGGAAGAAAGGGUACGCAUCGUGACAAGUUCACACUACCUACUUUAAAUUCUCAGAACAUCACAGCCUUCAUACACGGACAGCACGGGACCUGGUUCGCUAGCUGUGUUCGUCAGAGAAUAUGCCCAAGAAUAAAGGUAAGGGAGGUAAGAACCGGAGACGUGGUAAGAACGAGAACGAAUCUGAGAAGAGAGAACUGGUGUUCAAGGAGGAUGGCCAGGAGUAUGCCCAGGUGAUCAAGAUGUUGGGGAAUGGCCGUCUAGAGGCCAUGUGCUUUGACGGUGUCAAACGUCUGUGCCAUAUCCGGGGGAAGCUGAGGAAAAAGGUUUGGAUAAACACAUCAGACAUCAUUUUGGUGGGGCUGAGAGAUUAUCAGGACAACAAAGCUGAUGUCAUACUUAAGUACAAUGCUGAUGAGGCCAGGAGUCUGAAGGCCUAUGGAGAGCUUCCUGAGCAUGCUAAAAUUAAUGAGACGGACACGUUCGGGCCUGGAGAUGAUGAUGAAAUUCAGUUUGAUGACAUUGGCGACGAUGAUGAGGACAUUGAUGAUAUAUAAACUUGGCCCUGUCAUUUGCAAAGAGAAAUUUGGACUCUUCUCCUCUUGGCAAGACGAGACAGGACUGUGGUCAGUGACCUGACCCUAGCAGGAGUCUCUUCUGUCCCUCCAUACUAGGUGGUUCAAAAUUAAACUUUUGUCACUGGUAACACAGCAUCAUCCUUACUUACUUUGUCAUUUUAAUGUGUAUAUAAUCUCUCACACUUUAUGUUAGGGUCAAUGUCUAAAUACCUAAGUUUAAACAAAAAAAGUUAAACCAUGACAUGUUUGGUCUGGUAUUUUGUUUGUUGUAUUUGCCCAGAUUGCUUAGUCAUUAUAAAUUCCUUAGAAAACUAUUCAGAAAAGUCACUAUGGUUGUGUAUGAAUAUUUUGUUACUUUUGUUUUCUUCUAUCACAAAACAACAUAUUUGAAGUAUUACUAAAGAUGGAUUAGGCAGUUUUAGAGUCAUAAUUGAUUAACAAAAUGGUUAAAAUUCUCCCACUUGUAUGUAUGUUAUCAUUUGAGUACAAAUGAGCAACAAAUAACCUUUCAUUGUUGAAAGAUCCGUACAACACCACAAAUAAGACAAGGGGUUUUUGAAUUGAAGCUGCAGUUUGUAGACAUGGUAACAUUCAAAGUGAUGCUCAGUGCUUUUUAAAUCGUAAUUGGUGUACAAAUAAAUAUUACACCAUACUAUAAAUGAUAUACUUGACUGAUAUUUUAUUUCCCUGGCCACCUGCAAGUACAUCAGUAUUCACUUGGUGGGACUGUUGGGGAAAUAUUCUUAAUGUAAAAAAUAAAGCAAAAACAAAAAAAGGAAGAUCUUGUGUGUUCAGUAAGCUCUUGAGAAGAGAAUGGAAAUAUAUCACUUUAACAAAUAAGAAAUUUGUCUUUUUGUAACUUGCCAACCAGGUAUGCAUCUGAAAUUAGUGCUUUGACAUAAAUGGAAACAAAAUACUAUUUAGGUACAGAAUGAAUAGGGUGAAACAAUUAAGUGUGACACAAAAAAGUGUGGUGGUGUUGAUUUUCAGUUUGUGUGAAAAGCCAGUAUUACUGACACUGCUCAAAUUCAGUCAAUACUGGAUGAGCAGUGCUGUUCCUUUCACUCAAACUGAAGUCAUUCAGGUGCUUACAAAAACCUCUUCCACUAUGAUUUUCUGUAACAGGAGGUAAUACAGAUGCCUUCAAAACACCCUCAGUGAUAAUCUAGACCAGUGAAAAGGCUUGUUGGCAGUUUCACUGCAGCGAUCCCUGCUGCUAACCUGCUGAAAGGAGAAUUUGGUUUGUCUGGGAGCAUAUGUGCUUUGACCUUCCAGUAAAUGAAUGAGCAAAAGGCUGCCAACGUGUUGGAGUCUCCUUAUCUGUCUUGUGUUCCUGUUGUAAUGUAGAAUAAAAUCCUCUGUCUCUGAUGAACUUAAACUGUGUCAGUACAGUCCUGCAUUGGUUUACUGGCAGAAGCCUAAGCAAAUGUAACUUAAAAAAAGCCGUUUAAUAAUCCUGUAAAGCAAAGUUAUGUCCAUAUGUUGCCCUGUCUUUGGUGAGCUGCUACAUGAUUGACUUUAAUAGGUUCCAUGUGGUCAGCUAGCUUGUGCUGUUUGUCCUGUUGCAUUGUUACUUAUUGAAUCCAUACAUACACUUACACAUCAAGCUGUUUUCUCCUCUUCAUGUAAGGGAGGGUUGAAGGCCGAAUUGUAUUGUAAAGUCCAUGUGACAAUUGCCUACAUUCAGUCUAGUUGCAGGAUGUUCUUAACUUUGACAAAAUGAUGGUAGUGUUUUUUUUUUUUUUUUUCAUUGGUUGCACUGUAUUUGUUGUUACUUCCAGUAACCAACAAACUUGGUUUUUGUAAUGUAAAUGCUGCACUUGCUUAAUUUUGUUAAAGUUAAUUACAAUGAUAUAGCAAAUCUUGACAAACUAAGAUAGUUGAGAAAUCAAGAAUGUGGGAAAGCCUCUGAUGAGACCCAUCCUUAAAUUUUUUUUUGUCUUUUUUCCAGUUUUUUUUCCCCCAUCUGACAGCAAUGCAAAAUGAUUUACAUAAAUUAAUUUCCACAAAUAAAAUGACCUCUCCUUUG